UCUCUCUCUCUCUCUCUCUCUCUCCGCAUGACUGCAUCCAUUCCGUCCAUCAUUGCCGAUUACGCAUUUACGCAAGUUGCCAACCAACGCCAAAACUCACCACUGUCGUCGUCUCGCUCACCGGCCGCUCCCAUAUAUCCGCUCACUCCGCCGCUCCAACCAAUUUCUACGCCCAUAGGGGGGAGAGAGAGAGAGAGAGAGAAAGAGAGAGAGAGAGAGAGAAACAGGGAGGGAGCCGCUGGCAUGAACUGCGUCAAGAUUCUCGUACUGCUCUCCCUGAUCCCUCUCGCGCUGAGGGGAGCGGCGCUUCUCGUCGUCCCGUCACCAUCCUCCCCUGACUCUGCAUCACGCACCGGCGUCUUGGCUCCGGUACAGGCGGAGCAGUGGAGGCAGGAGCGGAGGAGGACGGCGGGUCGUCAGGCUCGGGGCGGCCGCGCCACCACCAUCGCCCCCUUCGCCCCGCGGCGGUUUGGCGGCUUCUUCCGGGACGACAAGAGGUUCGCGCCCACGGGGUCCAACCCGCUGCACAACCUGUGAUCGGCGGCCGGUGGGGUUGACUGCUUCGGCCUCUCUGUCUUUGCAAAGUCUACCUGACUGGUGCAGUGUAAUUUUCUUCUUGUACAUACGGUCUACCGAAUCAGUUCCUUAUUGAUUUUGCAUUGAUUGAUAAA